GAGCCCAUCUGAAGACCAGGGGAGUUGCGGUUGUUGUGGUUGUUUUUUAAUCCAUCCCUGGGGGAAUCCUGUCGUUUUCGGGAUAAAACCAAGAGGUGGCUAUGAAUUUUGCCGCGCAACUCUUCUACUCCACAGGUUUAAAAAAUGGAUUAUCCCGGGAAGACAGUGAAGAAGAAAAAGAAUACGACCCAUUCUGGCAAAGCUCUGGAAAGAUGUUAUUUGCAAAAAAGAGUGGUGAAAGUAAACCACAAAAGCUAGCGGCAUCUACCAGCUCUGAAUUAUAUUUGCAUAAGGAUCGGCAAAGAAGGAGCAGCCGGGCUGACCAGAGGCGAUCGUCCAUCCACCCAGAGAGGCUGAAAGGUUUUGGGGAGGAAGAGGAAUUAAACGGGGGAGUGAAGACAUGGGAAAUGAAGAUAAUUAGCCAAGAGGAGGGAAAACUGAAUGAUUCGGCCACCUGCCCAGAGAUGGCCAUUAGCAAACCGGUUUACAUGACCUGCAAAAAAAUUCAAGAUAUUAGCGCUGCAGCAGUCAAGAUCCAGUAUGGAGUCCUGAAGACCCCUUGCACGUAUUCUAGGCUUUCAAAGCAAUACGGAACGGACAUAUAUCUAAAGAAAGAACUUCUUCAGUAUACAGGAACUGCGAAGGAGCGAGGGGUCCUUUAUCUUCUGAUGUCUCUAAGAGAGGACCAGCAAAGAAAUGGCGUGAUUGUGGCCUCAGACUGCAACUUCUCUAUGGCUGUCGCCUAUCAUGCCUCAGAGCUGCACAUUCCUGUCUUUGUCAUCAUGUCCACUUGCACUCCGCCAACCAGAGUGAAGACAUGUCGUGAGUACGGUGCCAUGGUCAUUUCCUACGGUUCUACUAUCAGAGACUCGCAGCUGCAUGCCAAGAGACUGGCUCAAGAAAACAACUACUUCUACCUUGAAGAAGAUGAUAGUGCUAUCUAUCAAUCAGGGCUGGGGACCAUGGGUUUGGAGAUCUACGAACAGGUGUCUAAACUGGACGCGGUGAUAUUGCCAGCAGGGAUUCCCAGUGGAUUGCUGGCCAGCAACUCUGCUAUUUUGAAACAUCUCAACCAGCAUGUCUUUGUGGUGGGUGUAGAAUUGGAGAACAUCCCUGUAGAUCAGCAGUCGUUAAAGAUGGGACAACCUGUUGAAGAUCACACCUACAGCCAUCCUCAAUUUUACAGAGAAUUGAAUGGUUUUGGCACCAACUCUUUUCAACUGACAGGGAACUGGGUUGAUAAAGUUGUAACUGUGAGGGAAGAAGACGUCUUGAUUUCUAUGCUGAGGUUGCUGGAAUACGAACACGUGGCUGUUGACGCCGAAGGAGCCCUUGCGCUGGCUGCUCUCGUGUCUGGGAAACUGCCAGAAUUAAAGGGCAAAAGAGUGGCUGUGGCUGUGAGCAGUGGAAACAUGGAGCUCCCUCUGAUGAAGCAGUGCAUGGAUCAGGCCCUUACUCUUGAUAACAGAGUGUGCAAAUUCAGGGUCACGGUCACUGAUUGUCCAGGAGAGAUUUCAAAGCUACUGGAGACCUUAGCUCGUGAGGAGGCAAGAAUCUUGACCAUGAAACAGGAACAGCCAUACAUGAGAACUGAUUUGUUCACCAGUGAGGUGUCCUGUGUGGUAGAAACCAGAGACAGAAGCCAUACGUCUCAAUUAAGAAAGAUCCUCACAGAUCGUUAUCCAAUGAUAACAUGGGUGGAACGGUGAAGAUGACGACAGCUGAUGAGAAGCUCCACUUUAAAAAAAAAUACAUGGAAAGCUAAAUAUAUUGCAAGUAGCAUUUCUUCCUAGAACAUCUUAAUACUUGGUGAGCCAUCAGUGACAGAGUUGACGUAUAUCUCCCCAACAGAUUGCAGUCUGAAAGAACUAUCAGUACAGAGUAUCUUUAAGUUUUAUUUAUUUCAUUCAAGAGAGUUUUUGCACAGAUCUAUAAAUGGCGUACAUUAAAUUCCAGUUCAUCAUUCUAUCUUCCUAA